CUGCAUGUAUCGAUUGGCAUUGAGAAUCUCAGUUGUCGAAUUAAGACCUAAAGAAUUUUUCGAGCUCUGCGCAUCUGGCGCUUGUUAAACAUGAAGACCAUUGUCGGUAGCCCGGACAGGGAGGAGAAUGGGACUGGAAAUUCACACCAUCUGCUCUUCAUACCGAUGAUUAUGCAGGCGCAUUUUGCCUCGGCCAUCAGACUCGCAGAGAAACUCUCAGCGAGAGGAUUGAAGAUUACUAUCGUGACCAUCAGUAAGCAUGCGGAGUCAUUGAACAAAAUUUACACCCCCGAAGGACUCCUGAAGCUCGGGCUAACCGUCGAAGUUGUCGAGGACCCAAAGAUCGAUCCCAAACUUCCGGGCGCCUGGAGUCCCCUCAAUGUGGCCAAAUGCAUGGAGGAGAGUUGCCGGCCCCUGCAGCAGAGGCUUCUUGGGAAAAAGAAGGCCGGGUCGCCUUAUCCCACUUGCAUGCUUGCCGACAGAUUCUUCACGUGGUCGAAGGAGUAUGCAGAGCAGCUCGACAUUCCGAGGUAUGCGUAUGUCAGUUACGCAGCUGUGACUACAAGACUCAUGCAGGUAUAUCACGAAUUUGAAGACGAUCUGAGGCAGAUACCAGAUGGCCCCGACUGGCAGCGAGACUGGUACGAAAUCUUCCACGGCAAGCCGGGUCUUGAGUUUGUGUCGUCAGCGAGUGAUCUACCAGGGGUCAGUCGAUCGAGUGCCUGGUUCGACUUUCUCAUUGAGAUUGGCAGAAACAUUUGCACUGCAGAUGGCGUUGUGAUGAAUUCUUUCAGCGAACUGGAGAGUAAAGCUGUCGAGGCAAUUCGAAAUGGCUCCCCCGGGAGCAGGCGUCAAAAGGCGACGCGGGUGUUUCCUAUUGGGCCGAUCUCCGAUCUAAGAAGCUUCAGAAACGAGUCAUACGUUAGUAAUACGGAUGAUUCUCAUGCGGAGUGUAUGGAGUGGCUCGAGAAACAGCCCACCAAAUCAGUUCUCUACGUGUGUUUGGGGAGUCAAGUUGUAUUGGAGAAGGAGCAAAUUGGACAUUUGGCUCGAGCUUUGGAUGCUAGCCAACAGACCUUCCUCUGGGUUCUGUCGAAGGGGCGCGGCAACUUCAAUAUUCCGGACGACGUUCUCCCCGAAGGCUUUCUGACUCGAACAUGUGGUCGCGGCCUCGUCGUGACGGGAUGGGUCGGACAGCUCCAGGUGCUGGCUCACCCGUCCGUCGUCGGGUUUGUGUCGCACUGCGGGUGGCAGUCCGUGAUCGAGAGCAUGACAUGUGGUGUGCCGAUAAUAGGCUGGCCUCAAGGGUACGAUCAGCACUUCAAUUGCAGAUACGUACAACAAGUUCUCAAAGCCGGCAUCGGAAUCAGAGAUGUUGACAACACGGCGUUAGUAGUGGACCAACUAGAAUUCGAAAACGCAUUUAAAUUAUUUUCGCCUGAAAAACUGGGAAAAGCCUUAGCGUUCAAUGCCGCCAGUUUCGACCGGAAAGCUGACAACACGGCGUUAGUAGUGGACCAACUAGAAUUCGAAAACGCAUUUAAAUUAUUUUCGCCUGAAAAACUGGGAAAAGCCUUAGCGUUCAAUGCCGCCAGUUUCGACCGGAAAGCUGCGGCAGCUGUGUCAAGGGGGGGAUCUUCCGACAAGGCUAUUGACGAUUUGAUUGAGUCAAUCAAACAACCAAGAGAAGUUAAUGAAAACUAAGGCCAUCAACCAUACGCAUUAAGAAGGCUUCUGGCUAGAUCAACCCCGGCUGUAUGCUCUCCGGGCUGAAGGUUUACGUAUACCGUCGUCACCGUCACCCGGGAUUUCGCGCUUCCUGCCCAAGACGAGACCGUCCUGCCUUUGCGUCUAUCAUUUCUUGUGACGCAUUUUCUCGGAUUUGCGAUGGCUAACUCGGAGGUUGCGAUUUGUCGAAUGAUUUCUGCGUAAUCGUGAGCUGCAACAAGUAUGUAAUCAUGUCCUCCGCUUCUGUUCCAAGUACACCCCGCUGAUUACAGGACAUGGGAUGCGAAUUGCAGAGUCCGAUUUGUAUGGAUCGAACGUCGUCAAGGCGGCUUGACUCGAAACCGACUCAGUCCACAUUAUCUCGAGUAAAGUAUGGCCGGGAAAGGCCGUAGCGGCUUAUCUUUGGCUAACUGUAAUUAGGAGGCGCAGGGCUUUGUAUUUACAUGUGCGCGAGAGGAGUGAAAACAGGAACCUUUUCUGGGCAGUGAUUGUAGGGUCCAAAGAAAUCUGA